AUGCCACUCGUUUAUCUUUCUCAUCCUGGGUGCGCGCUCACACUGACUCUUUCUCGAUCGACUAGGGGCCAAGCAGAGAAGAGCGAGGUCACAUCUCUCGAGAUUGCUCAACGGCAGGUUGCGACGAUGAGCAAGCUCCACACGAUAGACGAGACAACGCGCAAGUUUGGCGAGGAGCUCGUCAACGUGGUUGAUGGGCGUUCGUCGAAGGCUGAAGGCAUCGUUAAGUACGUCCUCGACUCCGACUGGAAGCCUAGCGAUGCCAUACGGUGGCAAGUGCAGGAGUCGCGCAGCAACAAGGCCAAGCUGCGGCACGAGCAACGCACCCAAGAGGUCAUCAACAGUCUGCCGUUCGAGUCAAUGCUCCAUCGGGAGAAAGCUAUCCCAGAAGCCUACGCCAAGACGUUUGGAUGGGUCUUCUCUAAGCCUCGCCGCACUGACGAUGGGGAACCGCUGUGGUCUGACUUCACGGAUUGGCUGAGCAGCGACUCAGAUAACAUCUACUGGAUCACAGGGAAACCCGGCGCGGGCAAGUCCACCCUGACCAAGUUCAUUGGCAAGGAUGAGAGGCUUCAGGCUCAUCUGCAGACAUGGGCAGGACCAUCCUCACGUCUCAUCCUGGCCAGGUAUUUCUCUUGGAACUCCGGGAGUAGGCUCCAGAAGUCUCCCCAGGGCCUCCUCCGCACCAUCCUCUAUGAAUGUCUAUCCAGUGACCCGGAGAUGCUUGUGCCCAUUGUCUUUCCUGCCCGUUGGCUUACUCGACCGGACAUUGAGCUCUACAUCAGGGAUAAGUUCGAGAGGAGCCUCGGGUUCCGGGAGCGCAGGGCUAUGUACCAGGCCGCGGCCGAAAAACUGCUCCGCGACAUUGCCGACAAGGCGCUCGGCGUGUUUCUCUGGGUGUCCGUGGCGGUGUGGAAUCUGCUGCAGAGCCUCCAGGAGGGUGACAGCCUGGCCAAAAUGCAGGAGACGCUAGACAGCUUGCCCGAGGACCUGAGCAAGCUGUUUCAGGUCAUGUGGGAGCAGACGCACCCGAGCUACCGCACGGAGGCGGCGCACUACUUCGACGUCAUGAAGUGCUUCGAGGACCAGAAUCUGACGCCGUUCGCACUCAGCAUUGGGAUGGGCGACAACCAGGAGGUCGGCAUCGAUCUUGACAUCAACCAGGUUGUCAACAGUUUCCUGUCUGGCGUGGUCCUGUCGCUCAACCGGAAGCUGAACAGCCGAACCAAGGGACUGCUCGAGAUCCACCAAAUGGAAAACAGCCGCGAGAGCGUUGUGAGCUACAUGCACCGCACAGCCCGGGAAUGGGUGCACGAGAACUGGGGGCUCAUGAUGGCGACUGCGGAGCCGGGCUUCGACGCCCGCCUCUGGGCGCUGAAGGGCGAGACGCUG